GGGGCGGUGGGGUGCCGGGUGGCGGCUCCGCCAGCGGAGCCGUGCCAGCGGGCGGCGGAGGCAGCACCGACCGCCCCCGGCCCGGCCAUGUCGGAGCCCGGCGCCCCCGCGGCCGGUGAUAAACCGACCCGGCUCCAGGACCGUGUCCUUCGUGGGCUGCGCUGGGGCCGCCUCCAGGAGCCGCUGGGCUUCAUCAAGGUGCUGGAAUGGCUCUUUGCCAUCUUCGCCUUCGGCUCCUGCGGCUCCUUCAGCGGCGAGACCGGAGCCACAGUGAAAUGUGAGAGCGGAGGGAUGACAGCCAUCAGCAUCCAGUUCGGGUACCCCUUCAGGUUAUACCAGAUUCCCUUUGGAAUGCCGAAUUGUGAGGAUGAAGCAGAAGCUCGCACCCUGUACCUCGUUGGUGAUUUCUCCGCUCCCGCCGAGUUUUUCGUGACCCUGGGGGUCUUCUCCUUCCUCUACUCCAUGGCUGCUCUGGUGCUCUACCUCCGCUUCCAUUCCCUGUACACGGAGAACACGAAGCUCCCCUUCACAGAUUUCUGCGUCACCGUCUGCUUCGCCUUCUUCUGGCUGGUGGCAGCGGCGGCGUGGGGCAAGGGGCUGAGCGACGUGAAGGCAGCCACGCGCCCCUCCGCCCUCAUCUCUGCCAUGGGGGUCUGCCAGGGCGACGGGGUGGUCUGCAACGCCGGCACCACGCCGGCCAUGGGGCUGGCCAACAUCUCGGUGCUCUUCGGGUUCCUCAACUUCCUGCUGUGGGCCGGGAACUGCUGGUUCGUGCUGCGGGAGACGCCGUGGCUGCGGCCACCCGCGCCCCGCGACAGCGCGGCCGAGCAGGGAGCCAUCGACAAGCAAUAGCCCCGGGGCGAGCCGGCCCGGGGGUCCCGCCGGCCCCGGGACAUCGCGGCCGAGCAGGGAGCCAUCGACAAGCAAUAGCCCCGGGGCGAGCCGGCCCGGGGGUCCCGCCGGCCCCGGGACAUCGCGCCGGCCGCCAGCCAGCCCCGGGACGGGGUGUCGUGUCCCCGGGCUCGGAGCCGCCGGGGGUUCGGGUGUUGAAGGGGGACACGGGACCCCGGGGGUCCCGCUUGCUGUCGGGGGCUCUGGGUGUCACCCCGGGGGUCCACGUCUGUAUGGGGCGCAUAAAGUCCUGGGUACCAGCCGCGCA